CGGCUCCGGCCAUCAAAAGGUACGUUUGCCCGGCCAUAGCAUCUUCCUGUGUCUCCGCCGAUGGUCGAGAAUUAAGCUCUCCCCUGUGUCACGAUGGAAGAAGUGAGGAAGACCGCUGUCCAGAUGCAGAGCCCUAUCAAGACUGAAUGGAAUUCCCGCUGUGUCCUUUUCACCUAUUUCCAAGGGGACAUUAGCAGCGUAGUGGACGAACACUUCUCCAGAGCUCUGGGCAAUGUCAAGAGCCCCCAGGGACUCAGCCCUUCCAGCCAGAGCGGAGAUGUGAUCCUGAGGAAUGAUAGUGACAUGCCUCCAAAUCAGUGGCGUUUCUCUUCUCAGUGGACAAAGCCACAGCCGGAAGUAUCUUUUGCAAAUGGUGCCGCCAGCUGCAGCUUGAGUGGAUCUGGUCCCAUGGCUAUGGAUCACUAUCCAGUGUCCCUGACCGGGAGCCCUUCCAUUCAGCCUGGCGAGCUGAGGCAUUUCUCCUCCCCCGCCAGCUCCAGCUUCCCAGAGCCUGGCUACCCUCAUGCCUUUUCCACUGGGCACUUGGUUCCAGAGCCCCAGCCUGAUGGGAAGUAUGAGCCCCUCCUGAGUCUCCUCCAGCCAGAGAGAUGCCGAACCCAUCCUCAGGAAUCUGCCUCGUGGGAGGAUGGCUACUCUGCCCAGACGUCCGGAAGCAUGGGAUUGCUCUUCAACCUGCCUUCCGGCUCAGCCCACUUUAAGAAAAUCUAUUUCCCCCCUGAUGGUGGACCUGCCAGUGCCAGCCUUGCAGUUGAAAAAAGCCAGUCUCCAGAGAGAAGAAAAGAUCUGUUCUUUUACUGAACUCCGGUUUAAAGAAGAGAAUUCCUUUUUCCAAACCUGCUUAUGGUUUUCUACUGGGAAUCCAGAGGGUCUAGAGACAUCGCCGUCCUUAUCUCUUUCUGCCACAAAAGAGCACUGAGUCCAAAGCAAGUUUCUGUUCUCCCUGAAAUUCUAUACUUUUCCUUGGCACCUAUGCCCCACGUUAGGUUUUGUGUUUUUUUUAACUUUUUAAGCAUAUAAGAUGGUUAAAAGAGAUGUUCAGUGGUGGGGAGCAUAGAGGCUCACACCCCCUGCACCCACUGCCCUCCUACUUAGAAAUCAGCCGCCUUACCCUCCAUCAGCUGGGUCUUCCACAUCAAGACUGACGGCGUGGUACCCGAUGGGGUUGUCCCACUCUUCCAACUGAAUAGAGGUUCCAGGAACAGCCUGACACUUUCUAGCCUUAACCAGACUAUUUCCAUCUUCCCUCUUGCCUCUACAAAAAGCAAAAUGGAAAUGGAGUGGGCAAGACCCACUGAGAGUGGCUGGAGUCUGAAAGGAAGCUGAAAAGGUCUCAGGCUGGGCCUGAUGAAUGAGACAGUCACUCGGAAAAUUUGAUCCCUCAUUUCUAAAAAAGUGAUUCCAAAUAGAAUGGCUGAGCAAUCUGAGAAGUAACUUGCAAGUAGUUAGUAAGCAAACCACCCCAUCCCA